CUUGUUUUGGAGGAAGUGAGCACAGCUCGGCUAGCAGCUAGCGCGUUAGCUUCACAGGAAAAGGGCGAAACGGACCAUUGUACCAAAUCGCUUCUGUUACACUAAGGGAGAUACAGGUCGGCUGUGGCAGCGUUGACUUUGAUAAGCAGAGGUAGAACCGAGGCUAGCUGUCGGAGGUUAUUCAGCUGUCGACGCUUUAAACCUGCUGUUUUCUGACGGCAGACAUUAGAGGAGCUAUUAGCCUGUUAGCUCGCCUGCGCGUUAGCUGACGCUUCCAGCCGAGGCGGAGGAAAAGUCCACUUUUGAUAUUUUUUACCGCAGGAUCAUCGCCCAGCUGUGGCACAAUGACAUCAAGGAAGAAAGUACUACUCAAAGUCAUCAUCCUCGGAGACUCCGGAGUUGGCAAGACCUCAUUGAUGAACCAGUAUGUGAAUAAGAAGUUCAGUAAUCAGUACAAAGCCACAAUAGGGGCUGAUUUCCUGACGAAAGAGGUCAUGGUGGAUGACAGACUUGUCACAAUGCAGAUCUGGGACACAGCAGGUCAGGAGAGGUUCCAGUCCUUAGGCGUAGCGUUCUACCGCGGAGCAGACUGCUGCGUCCUGGUGUUUGACGUGACAGCACCCAACACCUUCAAGACUCUAGACAGCUGGAGGGACGAGUUCUUGAUCCAAGCCAGCCCUCGAGACCCGGAGAAUUUCCCCUUUGUGGUGCUGGGCAACAAGAUUGACUUGGAGAACAGACAGGUAACAACCAAGCGAGCACAGGCUUGGUGUCAGAGCAAGAACAACAUCCCAUAUUUCGAAACCAGCGCCAAGGAGGCAAUCAAUGUGGAGCAGGCCUUCCAGACUAUUGCACGCAACGCCCUUAAACAGGAGACCGAAGUGGAGCUGUACAACGAGUUCCCCGAGCCGAUAAAGCUGGACAGGAACGAGCGAGCCAAGCCGUCAGCAGAGACCUGCAGCUGCUGAGGACGCUGAAGAUCUUCUGGGAGGGGGUUGUCACUGCCCUCACUACCCUGUCUUGCCUUGUCUAUAUAUCCCUUUUUCCCAUGGCCCACUGUGUUGAUCCCUAAUGCCCAACAUACAAGCAGCAUCCCACUCAUAGAGUAUACUACUACACAGACAAACAUGCUGCACUCACCUCCUUAUGUAUACAAAACACAUUUUCUAUAAAAUAUGAGUCUCCUGGCCCAAAGAACACCUUAUGGAAACAUUAUGGAAUUUACUUGUAUGAUGCUUAUUACUUCCCAGUGUUUCCCCUCGUACUUUUUCAUGGCAGCGGUGGUUUGGGCUAAUCUCAUUUUCGGUUCCACGUAUAUCGCUGCUUUCACACCCAGUUUUGGUUCUAACUGCUUUUAUUUGGAUACUUUAAGUGGUAAAUCAAAGCAUUAUCUCUAUACAUGUUUGUGUUGAUAAGUAAAGUUAGAAAACUUUUUUUUUUAAUCAAAGUUUUUUUAGCAGUGGUGGUUGUUUUCUUACUUUCACAGCCCGCCACUGCUGCAUGAAUAGAGGAAACACUGCUCCCCCUGACCCCCACCCCCAUUUUACUCAUUUGUGUUGUGGCUUAAAAUUUCACUCGUUUCACUCUCAAAAACACUUGUUACCAUGGUUUCACUUGAUCUCAUGCAACCUUAAAAAGAAAACUCUGAUACUUAAACAGGGAGUCAGAACUGAAGGAUCAGGAUACGUGAAGGUGCAUGUGGGGAUCACAUUAAUAUGCUGCCUGCUGAUUCUCGUUAAUUGGCACAGGAAGAAGUCCAUCAAACAAAUGUGUACAGAUCUUUUUGUUUUUUGUCAUUUACAGUAAUGAAAGACUCGUUCAGACAUCUCAUUUUGGAGCCGCAAUAAAUGCAAUUGUAGCUCAGGUUGAGGACAUAGUGUGAAUCCAGACUCGGCUCCUUGAUGUAAGUGCUGUCCCUAUCACGGUAUCUGCUGUUCCUCUAUCGGGGUAAAGAAGUUCCAUCUUGUAGUCAGUUAUUCUUGGUAAAACAUUUGAUGUGGGAAUAAACCAAAUCAAGACAGCAUGUCAUCCUACAUGAUAGUCCUGGAAAGGAGAUAUUUUUCUCAAGUAUAAAUAUCAUUCAUAACUGAGUACUAUUAGCUAGUACAUUUCUUUUUACUGUCAGUUAUUGCAAGACUUUGUAUAUUUGCAGACCUCUCAGUCAUUGUGUGGGGAAGGCAAAAAGUUGUGUUGUAAAUCUCCAUAUCUGACUCUGCCAGUUGCUCGUGUUGGCAAACAAUUUAAGUGCUUGACAUUUCUUUUAACCGAUCAGAUCUUUAACUGUCUGUUCGUAUUAUGUUAAAACUCUGAAAUGCAUUAUAGAUUACAAGAUAGCAUACAUACUGUAACUUUGAAAGAAGAAAAAAAAAAAAUGUGAUGGAAGUAUUUGCAUUCAUCAUUAUUAUAUUAUUAAUAUGAUAAAUGCAUAGCAUCUACAUUGUUUCAAAAAUGUCUUUGCGGUUCAAGUAAUAAGGGUAAUAAAACAUCUUGAAUAAA